GGAGUACCCUCUCCCAAGAAGAGGGGGAGGACGACAACCGCCUCCCCCCCCCCCGACCUCGCCCAUCCACGGGUGGGGGAAUUUGCUGGGAACGAGAGGCGAGCGAGCCACGCGAUCUGGUGUCAGGAGAAAGCCGGUCGGCGAGGGCUCCCCGUCGAAGGGGAGCCUUGGGUGGGAGAGCCCGGACUGCUGGCGACGAAGCCAGAUCGCCGAGCCUUCAGGAGGUGGACACGGCCGGGGCAAGGGAAAAACUUGCGUCACUCCGGAAUUCAAGCGGGAGGGAUACAAAUGUAUAAACCUGGCUGACUCGGGCUCACAGGAGAAGGGGGAAGGCGGACCCCAUGGAAGAUCUGGCUCCUUGUUGUUUUGUGAAAAGCAGGAAGGAGGAGUGGCGAAGCAAAGGGGUCGCCUCCCAGAGGGUCUCCAAGGAGAAUGGGGAGGCGUCGCUUGGUGUAAACACUGCGGAAAUCGCCAAGGCUGUUCAAAAAAGAUCUCGAUCAUCCAGUGGUGCAUCAGAAUGCUUUGGCCCCAGCGUCUCCACAGAGGGACAUGGAUCCUUCUUCUCUGCCUCUUGGUGCAGUGCCAUCACGAGCUGGCUGCUCCCCUUCCUCAUGGGUUAGAGGGCCAGUUGGGUGAAGCUCCAGAAGAGUCCAACAAAGAGUGGGCAGAGAUGGGCCCAGACGUUGGGAAGCAGAAGGGCAUCAGAGAGGAACUCUUCCAAGACAUGGAUCCCAAGGCCCUUGCUGCCGUCCUCCUGCAAGCACUUCAGAUUGCACCCCAGGACUCCAAGGAGACAUCCCUAAGCCCCAAGCCCGGUGCCAAUGAGGAACGAGUCCAGAGUGAGGCCAGGAGCUCUGAUGUACAGCCAGAGAGCCUGCCAGGUUGGCCAUCCAACAAGGACAGAGACCAACCACCACAAGGGAAGGAGGCCGAGGAAAGGAUCUUUGACCAGCCGGAGAUGGAGAACCUGAAGUCCAUGUUGAAGGAGCUGCAACACUACAGCCCCACCGACAAGCGAGAGGAACCUUCCUACAGGCAUCAAAUGCCCCCUACUGAGUCUCCCCAAGGACCCCACCCCGAUGACAUGCUCAAGGAACUGGAAGAGUACCAGCAACUCAAGUUCAACAUUAAGCGCAAGGCACCCCCCGCCCAGGAGUCCUGGACCGGAGCCCGGAAGCUGAGGCAGCAGCAGCAUCUGGAGCACCAGCUCUUGCAGCGCCGCUAUGAGGAGCUGGCCGAGAGCCGGAGGCAGGCAGAGGAGGCCCGCCGGGCUGCCGCCGAGGAAGAGCGUCUGGCAGACAUGGCCUCUGACCUGCUCCUUCAGUACUUGCUGAAGGAUGGCGAAGAAGACGAUGGCGACGAAGGGCAGCGAGGGGCCGCUGCCCAGGAGGAGUCCAAAGAAGAAGGAAGCAAGGUGGCCUCCCUCCUCUUUGGAGAUGGGGAAGACAACGUGGCUGAAGACAAGCGGUCCAACGAGACCCCGGAGGAGGUGGAGGAGGAGGAGGAGGAGGAGAUCGACCCAAACACCAUUGACCGUCUGAUUGAGCUGUCCAGCAAGCUGCACUUGCCUGCUGAUGAUGUCAUUGAUAUAAUUAACCACGUGGAGAAAAAGAAGGAGCCUGAGCCCAGCAGCAAGGGCAAGUUGUUUGUGGCUCCAUCCCACCUCAAACCCAAGAAGGCCCCUUCUCACCCCAGUGCCCGCCAAGAGGCCCGCCCCAUCCCCAAGGCCUCCCACCCCAUAGCCUUUCAGCCAUACCACCACCUCCCCAAGCAGGAGGAGGCUGCCUGGAACGAAGUCUUGAAAGGGAAUGAAUUCCCCGUCCCCAAGCGGUACCAGGCCAAGGACAGAAGCACCAAGCUCUCCAACCACAUCGACCCCCGGACUUUCCAAACUCCAGUCUACCACCACUACCACCCCCUGCCGGGCCCCAUGGUGCCACGGGAUGGCUAUUUUGACAUCCAAGCCCACGAUGAGGACCUGGAGAACUACCUGGAGAACCUGCUGAUGAAGCACCCCAAAGUUUUCUAGUGAAGGUGGCGGCAGCCGCUUCUCCUCCCACCCUUUCCCCACCCAAAGAAACUUGGCCACUCAGUGUUUCUGACAUAAAUCUGGGUUCUUGCAUGAUUCAGGAGAACCAAAUCUCCCCACCUGGUGAAAGGUCCCAAGAUUCGGUGCCUGGGGGCAGCCAGCCGCCCUCCCUUUUCAUCUGAUUUCAGACAGCCGCCCUCCACUGGGGAAAAGGGGAAUUUCCUUUUCCCGACAUCCAGUCUAAAGGAGCCUCUCUGAGCAACUUGGGACCCCAUUCCCACAGACCUUUUAAGACCCCCGAAGGAACUGCAGCAAGAGACCUUCACAAGAGCAGAACAGGACAAGCCACAAGCGCUUUCUUCCCAGGGUAGCACUUCAGGUGAAAAUGCCGGUUGCAUCGUGACUCCUUGGAAGCUCUUGGUUACCGCUCCCACCCUGUUUGGCAGAACUCCGAGAAGCCCACAUUUCAUAGCAUUUGCAGAAAGAAGUUGCAGAAAAGAAUUAGGGGAGAGUUGGGUGUGGCAACAAAGACCCACCUCCUAAAUAAUCCCUAUUCACUUGCCCUCCCCUGUCUCAAGUCAGACUCCUUUGCUUCCCCCACCCCACCCCCCUGGAAAACAAGCCAGUCUGAACUACAAGAUAGUCCAGGGUGGCUUGGAGCUGAUCCUGAACUGUGGAAUGAAGCAUUGGUCAACUCCAGUUAGCUCUAGACGGUAACUUUGAGGGACGGGGUUCUAUUCCGUCUUCAAGAGACAAGGAGAGAGCAGCCAGUUAGGUCAAAUUCUGGUCCACAGGCUUCCCCAAAAUAUAAUUAUUGGACUUGGGGUGCAGGGGUUCUGAUGGAACAACUUGCCACCCAAGAACUCAGUAUCUGCUUCCUCCUCCUCCCUUUCUUUCCAUUCAGAGUCCAAUGUCCAAUUCUCAGAGUCAGUCUGCAGUUUUCUUGGCAAGAUUUUUUAGGAGUGGAUUGCCAUUUCCUCCUUCCUAGGGCUGCAAAAAAGUGACUGGCCCAAGGUCACCCAAGCAGUCUUGUGCCUAAGGCAGGACUAGAAUUCACCAUCUCCUGGUAUCUAGCCUGAUGCCUUAACCAUACACCAAACUGGUUUCUCUAAUCUGCUUUUUGUCACAGCCUAAUCAGUGAGGAGAAGCAAAUUCCCGCCAGUCUCAUGCUGCAGACUUUCCAUAUUGGCUACAGGGACGUUCAAAACAACCCAAAAACUAGAAAGAGCUAGCUGGGGCCCUUUUUUUUAUUUUUUUUUUAUUUUUUAUUUUAUUUUGAAUUUGUAUACCGCCCUUCUCCCUGGGGACUCAAACACUCCCAGGUGACGAGAGUGUGCCUUAGGAGCACAGCCCAAGCCUGCUAACCCAAGUCCUUGGGGUGGUUUAUGCUUUCUCUCCUAAUGCACAUCGGCUUUUUUCCCAGUUAGAAGAGAAAGGAAACUCAAUUUUUUCCAAACUGGUUGAGGGGCAGGAAAUAAGGCUGGGUAAAGAUGGCCUCCGUGGCAUCUGCUGAUUCGGUCUGCAUGUCAUUACCUUCUGUGGAUUAGCGGCCCAAGACGAGGCUUCCUUGGAGAUUGCGCCUCCAAUUCUGCCCUUGAAUCAGGCCGGCCACUUAUUAGAGGGGAUCUGCCUCCCAUCGUGGUGAUGGAAAAGAGCCUGUGCCAUAACUGGGAUGGCAGAUCGGGGGCGGGGGGAGGGGCGGGUGAUCCGUUUUCCUUUUGGCUGCCACCUGGCCCAGUUGCUCACAGGGACGCCCCCUGGCAAUCUGGGACAGAGAGGCCAGGCUGUCGUCACCGGCUCCCGGGCAGGUGGUUGACACGGAGGAGUCACGCGAGCACCACGCUGGUAUGCUGCACCCAGAGCCAAGGGACCCUCCAAGGGGUGGGGAGGUUGGGCUUCAGCAUGUUUCAGUAGACCUGCUUGUGAACAUUCAUGACCAUCCAAAGCUGCCUGCCGGAGGGAUCUACCUGGGUGAGCACCGGAGGCUGACGAGGCUGUGGCGAAGGUGGCGCUUUGCACGCGUGUAAGAAUUUUCCACUGACAUCAGUCUUAGAGUGUGCAAGUUUCUUCAAUUUGUGAUGUCUAGUCCUGUACAAACAAGCAGAAGAAGUUGUUUUGAUGUCUGGUCCAUUUUGUUGUACUUGAAAUAAAACACAUUUGCCCUGUUGUAAAUAGCAUGUCGAAUUACUAGUUUUGCUAAGAAAUAAAAGCAACUAUUUUAUUA